AUGUUUGCUUUGAUUUUUAUCUUCUUUGUCCUGAACAUUCCACUCCUAGUGUCCAGGUUCACUGAACCCAGGUGCUUUUGGAGAAUAUAUGAUAAUAAAGACAAGGAUGAAGAUUUGUUGACAGGUUGUGUCUUCUUCCUUAUAACAGAACAGCGGCCUGUGGAGAAAGAUUAUUUCAACCACAUUCUGACCUUUUUCAGAACAACAAAACACAUCCAGUUUGCUUUGGCCUUAGCUUUUUCCAUGGAUGAAGUCAACAGGAAUCUUGAUCUUUUACCAAAUUCAUCAUUCAUAAUUCAAUGCCUAGGUGGUGGUUGUACAAGUGGAACAAAAUUCUAUAGUCACUCGCAGUUUUCUGAAGAAUUAAAUGAUAUUCCCAAUUAUAUCUGCUACGACCAGACUAUGUGUAUAGUGGUGCUUACAGGACCAAACUUGGCAACAUCUGUAGUGGUUGGGACCAUCCUCAACCUCUUGAUGCCUCAACAGAUCCUUCAGAUUACCUAUGGACCUUUCCAUCCCAUCCUGAGCAAUCGUGAACAAUUUCCCUCUCUGUAUCAGAUGGCUGCCAAGGACACAUCUUUAGCCCUGGCCAUGAUCUCUUUGAUAUUUUACUUCAACUGGAACUGGAUUGGACUGGCUAUCUCAGACAAUGAUCAGGGUACUCAAUUUCUCACACGUUUGAGAAAAGAGAUGGAAAAACUUACAGUCUGCUUUGCCUUUGUGAGUAUGAUCCCAGUCAAGAUGGAUUUAUUCUUGUUAAGAGCUGAAGUGUAUUAUAACCAAAUAGUGACAUCAUCCACAAAUGUAGUUAUCAUUUAUGGUGACCCAGACAGUGCUCUAGCUGUGGGCUUUAGAAAGUGGGAAUCUCUAGGUUUACAGAGAAUAUGGGUCACCACUUCACAGUGGGAUGGCACUACAAGAAAGAAUGACUUUCCAUUUAAUAUAUUCAAUGGAAAAAUUACUUUUGCAUACCACCAUGCUGAGAUAUCUAGUUUUAAAACUUUUGUCCAGACAUUGAACCCUCUCAAAUACACAGACGAAUUCCUGGCAAGGCUGGAGUGGAUGAACUUGAAAUGCAAUGUCUCAGCUUCUAUGUGUAAUACCCUGAAGAAUUGCUUAUCCAAUGCCUCAUUGCAAUGGUUAAAGGUACAGACUUUUGACAUGGCCUUUAGUGAGGAGAGUUAUGACAUAUAUAAUGCAGUGUAUGCUGUGGCCCAUGCCCUCCAUGAAAUGCUUCUUCAGCAUGUAUACAAUCAACCAAUGGAUAAUGGCAAAGGACGUUAUGCUUACUGCUUGAAGCUGCACUCCUUUCUGAGGAAAAUACGCUUCACUAAUCCAGUUGGAGACAGAGUGAUUAUGAACCAGAAAGAAAAACUUCAGGAAGAAUAUGGCAUUUUUCAGAUUUGGAAUUUACCACAUGGCCUUGGACUUAAGGUGAAAAUAGGAGAGUUUAGCUCAUAUUUUCCAUAUGGGCAACAGCUGCAUAUAUAUGAAGACAUGAUAGAGCGUGCAACAGGAAGUAGACAGAUGCCGCCCUCUGUGUGCAGUGCUGAUUGUCUUCCUGGAUUCAGAAAAUUCUCACAGGAGGGAAUGGCAGCCUGCUGUUUUGGCUGCAGUCCCUGCCCUCAAAAUGAAGUUUCUAAUGAGACAAAUAUGGACAACUGUGUGAGGUGUCUCGAGAAUGAAUAUGCAAAUAGAGAGCAGAACCAGUGUAUUCAAAAAGCUGUGGUCUUUCUGAACUACAAAGACACCUUAGGGAUGGUUCUUACCGUAAUGGCCUUGUUCUUCUCUGCAUUCACAACUGUGGUUCUUGGGAUAUUUUUGAAGCACCAUGACACUCCCAUUGUGAAGGCCAAUAACCAGAAUCUCAGCUACAUCUUGCUAAUUUCACUCAUCUUUUGUUUCCUGUGUCCCUUGCUUUUCAUUGGGCAUCCCAACUCAGCUACCUGUGUUCUACAACAAAUUACAUUUGGAGUUGUAUUUACUCUGGCUGUUUCCACUGUGUUGACUAAAACUGUGACUGUGCUGCUUGCUUUCAAAGUCACAGCCCCUGGAAGAAGGAUGAGGUAUUUUCUGAUUUCUGGUGUUCCCAACUAUAUCAUUGUCAUCUGUACGCUCAUCCAAAUUAUUCUCUCUACAAUCUGGCUGCUAUAUUCUCCUCCUUUUAUUGACAAAGAUGUGCACUCUGAGCAUGGCCAAAUCAUCAUUGUGUGCAACAAGGGCUCAGUUACUGCAUUCUACUGUGUCCUGGGAUAUCAUGGCUCCCUUGCAUUCACAAGCUUCAUUGUGGCUUUCUUGGCCAGGAAUCUCCCUGACACAUUCAAUGAAGCCAAGUUGCUGACCUUCAGCAUGCUGUUGUUUUGCAGUGUCUGGAUAACCUUCCUCCCUGUCUACCACAGCACCAAGGGCAAGAUAAUGGUGGCUGUGGAGGUCUUGUCCAUCUUGGCUUCCAGUGCAGGCCUACUGGGAUGCAUUUUUAUCCCCAAGUGCUACAUAAUUUUGCUAAGACCAGAGAGAAAUUCUCUUCAAAAGUUAAGGGGGAAAACAUCUUCCCGAACACAAAUUUCAUAA